UUCAGCCCUAUCGGCAAUCUCACGUGAGAAAUUUCCCCGGGAGUAGGUUUUCUCUCCCGGGAAUUUUUCUCCCUAUCGGCAAUCUCCAUCGGAAUUUCGUUUUCGGGAAAGAAGUACAACCAACUUAACAAAAAAAAAAAACUUUCGAACACAUUUCUUCGAAAGUUUUGACAGCUCUAAUUUUGAGUGCAAAAAGUAAUAAAAUCAAGAAUUAAAAUGUUUAACGGUGCAAUAUUUGUAUUAUUUGAUGAGGAAAAUCGUGCCGAAAGACAAAAUAAUGAUUUAAGGACUAUGCGAAGGGUUUUAAGGGACAAUUGCAAUCCUCUUGAAUUGCCAGAAGCAACAUUCAAAAAAUACUAUCGAAUAAAUAAACCUAUGUUUGUUUAUUUACUGGACAUUCUGAAAACUUCAUUUGCAGAACAAAAAAAAUCUUUUGGUAUUCCUCCUAUUGUUAAGCUUAGCGCAUGCUUGCGCUUCUUUGCAGAAGGAGGAUACCAAAAAGGAGUUGGCAACGACCAUGUCGUGGGUCUAGCUCAGUCUUCAUUUUCUGAAGUAUUAAAGGAUGUUUUAAAUAUACUUGAAGACAAGCUAUGUUCAAGUUGGAUUAAUAUGGACAUGACACCAGAGGAAAAACGAAACACAGCCAUCCAAUUUUACGAAAAACAUCGUAUACCAGGUGUUAUCGGUUGUAUAGACGGCACACACAUCCGCAUAAUCGCGCCUACACUUAACAAACACUUAUUUUAUAAUCGGAAAGGCUUUUUUAGUUUAAAUGUUUUACUGGUAAAAAAUAACCUAUAUAUUCAGCCCUAUACUGAGUUCAACGUGAACAAGAUUCCAACCGGAAACAUUUAAUUUCACUUUUACCCUGUUGUGAGUUCCGACGAAAAGUUGUUCUCAUUCGGACAUCUCCCUGUAUUUUCAAAUUUU